CCUGCCGAGCCGGCCCCGCCCCGCUGCCGCGCCCCCGCGGCCGGCCGGCCUGGCAGGGGCGGCGGGAGCCGGCGGCCCGAUGCCCGAGCCCGGCCCCAGGAUGAACGGCUUCUCGCUGGGCGAGCUGUGCUGGCUCUUCUGCUGCCCGCCGUGCCCGGGCCGCAUCGCCGCCAAGCUGGCCUUCCUGCCGCCCGAGCCCACCUACGCGGUGCUGGCGCCCGAGCCGCGCGCGCCCGCCCGCGACGACAGCCCGGCCGGCGCCUGCAGCCUGCACCUGAGCGAGCGCGCCGACUGGCAGUUCUCGCAGCGCGAGCUGGACGCCGUCGAGGUCUUCUUCUCGCGCACGGCCCGCGCCAACCGCCUGGGCUGCAUGUUCGUGCGCUGCGCGCCCGCCGGCCGCUACACGCUGCUCUUCUCGCACGGCAACGCCGUGGACCUGGGCCAGAUGUGCAGCUUCUACCUGGGCCUCGGCUCGCGGCUCAACUGCAACGUCUUCUCCUACGACUACUCGGGCUACGGCGCCAGCUCGGGCCGCCCCUCGGAGAAGAACCUGUACGCGGACAUCGACGCCGCCUGGCAGGCGCUGCGCACGCGGUACGGGGUCAGCCCCGAGAACAUCAUCCUGUACGGGCAGAGCAUCGGCACGGUGCCCACCGUGGACUUGGCCUCCCGCUAUGAGUGCGCAGCCGUCAUCCUCCACUCCCCACUCAUGUCUGGCCUGCGCGUGGCCUUCCCCGAUGCCAGGAAGACUUACUGCUUUGAUGCCUUCCCCAGCAUCGACAAGAUCUCCAAAGUCACCUCCCCGGUGCUGGUCAUCCAUGGGACGGAGGACGAGGUCAUUGACUUCUCGCACGGGCUGGCCAUGUACGAGCGCUGUCCACGGGCUGUGGAGCCGCUGUGGGUGGAGGGGGCAGGACACAACGACAUCGAGCUCUACGCGCAAUACCUGGAGCGGCUGAAGCAGUUCAUCUCGCACGAGCUCCCCAACUCCUGAGGGCCAGCCCGCCCCACCUGUGGGGACACCGGGGUGCUCAGUACGGGGCGAGGCCGCAGCCUCCCUCCCUGGCCGGCCUCCACCCUUGGGUCGCUGGUGCAGGCCUAGCCGGACCUGUGCUCCGCACCGUGAGCCAUACUUGCAUCUGUGACGGGGUCUGAAAAUGCCUUGUUCUUUCUGUGGGCGCCCCGUCGCCCCCAAACACGUGGCCAGAUGGCCCAUGUGCAGGAACUCUCACCAACAGCUCCAUGAACCUCCUGGAUGUAACUGGAAUAUUCUGAACAGAAACUGAGUGUGUUU